AUGACACCAUUCCAUCUGGUGUACGAUGGUGAAGCGGUGGUCCUCAUAGAGGUCGGAGUAGAAUCCGACCAGGUUCAUCUCUACGAUGAGGGGAACGACGAGCGGAGGCGCAUGGAGCUCGAUUUGGUUGGCGAGGCACGGGACAAGGCUGUCAUUCGACUGAUGGCAUACCGGCAACGUAUGAAGCAAAGCUACAACCGGAGGGUGAUCCCAAGAUCCUUCCAAGUCGGCGAGCUAAUCUGGAAGAGAAUCAAGCCUGUCUGUGACAUCAACAAGCUCGAGGCACCAUGGGUGGGACCUUACAAGGUCGUACAGAAACUCCACUCGGGGAGCUACUACUUAGAGGACGAAGAUGGAAGACAGCUCGAGUGA